GUGCCCAGUGAGAGAAAUUGGACAAAUACACAGAAGCGAAUAAAGUUCAGAGGACGAUGAAAAGGAAACACCUCCAAUCUGUACUUUGGACAGUGUAUCAGUUUUCUUCUUUCGUGGACAAAAUGACUGCCAAAUUGACGAAACACCCACCAUCUUUUUCUCACUAAACUGGGGCAAAACGACACCCUCUCUAUAUAAUUGGUUUCGUUCAUUCAGAUUCCAUUCUAUUUACUCCUCUCGUUCAAGCGAUGAAGGUUGGUGUAGCUCUUUUUAAAAUGGUGCUUAAAUUGGAGUUGAAUGAUAUCAAGGAUAAGCAGAAGGCCAUGAAGGCUGUUUCAAUCCAUCAAGGAAUCGAUUCGAUCGGAAUCGAUAUGAAAGCGCAAACAAUGACAGUGAUAGGAUCGGUCGAUCCCGUGAGUGUUGUUACCAAACUGAGAAAAUUUUGGCACACGGAUGUGGUCUCAAUUGGGCCAGCCAAGGAGGAGGAGGAGGAGAAGAAGGAAGAGCCAAAGCAGGAGGAACCAAAGAAAGAGGAAACAAAGAAGGAAGAAGCCAAGGAAGAGAAGAAAGAGGAGGCCAAGGAGAAACCCCAAAAGGAAAGGAACAAGGAGACUAAGCAAGAGGAGCCCAAGAAGGUGAUCGCCAAGAAGGAACACCAUGAAGAAAUGGCACCAGAGACUGUGAAUCCUUACAAAAUCUACUACAAUCCACCAAUGCACUACUACAAUCCUCACACAACCACACAAUACUACUAUGUGCCCAGUGCUCAGGAGAAUCCAAACUUGUGCAACAUCAUGUGAUCAAAGCCAGCAAGAGAAGAUGAAGUUCUGCAUGAAUUUGUGUCUGAAACUAAGGACUAUGUUGUUGGAUCCCAAGUGAUGAUGACAUACAGAAAUUCAAGCUUGUUUUGGUGAAUGACCCAGUGAGAUUUCUGAAUUUAGUUGUAAAUGGUUAAUUGCUUUCCGAAGCCUAGAUGAUGUUUUGGGAUUUACGACUACUAUGACCUUAUGCGCGACUAUGUUGUAGAGAGACUUUCUCCUUGGAAAUCACUUUUAAUGUUGGAGAA